UCAAACGCGCCAACCAAUCACAUCGAACCAGCAGCAGUCGCCCAACGUCAUUGGUUACCGGCGUCAAUCCGGGCUCCGUCGUAAAGCCAGUUUAGCAGCCGAAAGGUACCAAGAUGGCGGAGGCUUCCUUUGGAAGUACAAGCCCAGUUGGCUCUUUGUCAUCGGAAGAUCAUGAUUUUGACCCGACGGCUGAGAUGCUGGUGCACGAUUAUGAUGAUGAGCAGACGUUAGAGGAAGAGGAGAUGAGGGAAUCGGAUUCAAACGAAGGCUCAGAAAUCGCAGAUCUGGAGAAGGAGGGGAACAUGCCGUUGGAGGAGUUGUUGGCUUUGUACAGAUAUGAAGCGGUGGACAGUGCUCUCGGGGGGUCGAGUGCGGACAGUUCCUCCGUCGAGCUGACCGACGAGCUGCCAGACAUGACGUUAGAUAAAGAGGAGAUUGCUAAAGAUCUUCUUUCUGGAGAUGAUGAAGAAACCCAGUCUUCUGCUGAUGACCUCACACCGUCCGUCACAUCACACGAAACCAACGAUUUCUUCCCCAGAACUCUUCGCUCUAACGCCGUUUAUGAUGGCGACAAAGAAUCUGAAGGUGAAGAUGACGGUUUAAACCCUGAAGAUUCUCGCAAGGAAAUCAUGGUGGGAUCUAAUUAUCAAGCAGAAAUUCCUCCUCUUGCCUGUUAUAAUGAGCAGGAAAAAGUUUACGCAGAUGAAGAUCAACUGUUGUGGCAUCCAGAUGUGCUGCCCGAGUCUAAAGUCAAGAGUUUCCUGCUAGAUGCUGCUGUAGGUGUGGACGGAAAGACGGAGGCUAAUGUUGAUUGUUCUCUUGUCAAAGACAAUGAGCAGGCUUUGUAUGAGCUUUUGAAGUGCAACUACAACGUCCAGGAAGCUCUUGAAAGAUAUCGCAAGAAUGAAAAAUCCUCAAAGGGUGAGAUGCUUCCAUGGUCCGAAGAAGAAUGCAGGAAUUUUGAGCAUGCUCUCCUGUUAUACGAGAAGAACUUCCAUCUCAUCCAGAAACACAAAGUCACCACAAGGACGGUGGCCGAGUGCGUCGCAUUUUACUACAUGUGGAAGAAGUCCGAACGAUUUGACUUUUUCGUCCAGCAAAACCGAUUUGGGAAAAAGAAAUACAGCAGCUAUCCUGGCGUAACGGACCUGAUGGACCGGCUGGUGGAUGAAGCUGAAGGUUUAGUGGAUGGAUCGGGAUCGGUUUGUUCCUCUGGUAGUGGCAGGACCGAGCCAGCAACUGAGCAACAGCUGAAUAUCCUGAACUCCAUCACAGCCAGUGACCUCUCCGCGUUGACGAGUACCGUGGCCUCGGUGUGUAACCCAGCAGAUGUCGGCUGUCUGGACUCCUAUAACUUCUCGACGCUGGACGGACUGCACCGUGGAUCCAUGGGCCACGAAGAGCCGAUCAACUAUUCCAGCAACGGAGAUGGCGACUGCCUCAACCUGCUUGAGACCGGUUUCUAUCACUCGGACCUCAGCCAGAUCAACGUGUGCGGAGAUGACUGCGAACGACCGCCGGCCAAGCGGCUGAAGAUGGGUCUUUCUGAACCGUACAUAAACGACGUGUCGGUGAGCAGCAGAAACAUGGACUUUGAGAGUCGCGCGCGUCACAUCACCAGUGCCAAAAUGGCGGUUUCGGUCACAGACUUUGGCGGUUUGUCGGCGAGCGAGGCCGGCGGCUACAUGGGCGCGCACACACUACAUCAGCACACGGCGCUGCAGACAGAGUAACGACUCGCAUACGCGCCGCCUCACGGGACUAUCUGCAAUCAAACGUGUACAUAGCCACUUCCUGGAAAUUCCUUUCAUUUUUUUUGUUUUCCGAUUAUAUAUACGUGUGUUUGUAUAUAUGUACAGAUGUAUUCUUAGAUUCUUUUUUUACUAUGACAUCAGUGAUGUCUUAUUGUACAGACUUAAAUCUUGAUUUCUCAAGAGUUAAUACAGCCAUUUAUUUCCAGUCUUGAAUUUUGGAAGUGUCAUAACGUGUCUACGUCCGAAUACUGUGGAGAACUAAACUUGGGCCGACGAUGAGUUUUUCUAGCCAUGUUGAUUGGCUGUCCGUUUUGUGGUACGUAUCAGUGUUUACAGGCGUGUGUGUGUCCGGCUCUGGGAAUCUACCGUCUGAACGCCAUUUACUCUACGACCACUCUCUGGUUAGGGUUAUGAAAUCAUUUAAGUUCAUCGAAAUAUUUUCAUGUUUAUGGGAGAUUUUAUUUUGAAAGAAUAUCUUGAAUUGAAGAAUAUACUGCAAACAAUUAGCACAGAUUUGUAAGCCGUGCUUCUAGCAAACAUGCAAUUACAAAUGACCUGCUAGAUGUAAGUCAUGUAUUCUUUCUAUUAUUUAUUCGUGUUCUUUAUAUGCUUGUGUAAUUUUGCUUUAUCAGACGGUGGUUUAUAGUAAAUAAGUGUAUUUAUUGCAUCGAAGACUGCAUUGUGGACAGUACAGAGAAGAUUGAAACUCCCCAAAAUGUUUGUGAAAUGACUGGCACAUGUUAUUUUGUUAUUGCUAUUUAUUUAAUUUUGUUUGCAGGGAUAUCAUUCACGUAUCAUAGGUUGUGAAGCAAAAUCUACCACAGUUCAUGUCCGUUUCCAUUCGUAACCAAUUAUGCAAUGUUGUAAAUGAUUUUUCUUUUUGCCUUUUUUCAUCCCUGCCUGGUUCACAGGCGUCGGAUGUCUCUGCAGAACUGAUCUUUGCUUUUAAGACCUUCACAAAGGCCUCCAAGCACUGACCCAACCUGAUCUAUGCAUCUCAAAUCUCUGUACAUAAUCUCGGACUACGUUGAUGUUUCCUAUGUGGAUGUCUUGGAAAAUGUUACAUCAUGAACAGAUUAAAUCGAUGUAUUUUGUCUGUUUAAAAACGUAAAAGUUUGAUUUCCCAUUCAUUUCACAACUUCGCUCUCGUAUGGCAAUAAUUUGUAAAUAUGUACAGGUACCGACAUACCUUCCUGUUUUUCUUCCUCGGCCAACAGACUUGAAAACAUAUUUCUGUGCUUUUGAGUCUGUAUGUACGCCACAAGAAUGCCUUCUUUACUUUCCUUCGGCUGACUUUAUUCUUCAUAAGAGAUUUGUUUAAGAAGAGAGUUAUUUAUUUAUUUAUUCACUCGACUGCAAGCGGGUGGAAUGUGUUAGCUUUCUGUAUACAAGUGAAGUCAAAUGUCCUCGUCCAAGGAUGUGAGGUCUCUCGCCUGGUCCGAACACAACCAUGCGUGGAGAUGCAUCCCAGAAGUAGAGCAGUUUGUUGAAUGUACAGUAUUAUUGCAGCUUAGGGAUUUACUGAAGUCGUUCAAUGAUGAAUGUUUUCCAGUUAAUGUGCAGCGUUGCCUUAACGCUCAUUUUCAAACCUGCAUGUUGCAUCUACCAGGAAAACACUCACAAAUUGUCCUUUCUCUGGUCGUGUGUUCGGUUUUAAGUUGCAGACUAUUCCAGGAUGGUGAUUGGCUUGUGCUAUGUCUGUAUAAUUGUGUUUCCUUGUAUCUUCUGGCCAGAAUUUUAUUUUUUUGUCUUUACAUACUUGAAGGAUGUGUAUUGAUACUUAAAUACAUUAAUAUUCUCUAAUUCAGUCACGUAGGUUGUGCAAUUUCUUUCUUCUGUCACUCCAAGAACUGAAAAGAGCUUUAGGAAAUUUGUGUUGGUGCAGUAAAUCUUGUCCAAAGUUUGUAUACAAAAAUAUCUUUAAAUUGUAAUGUAGUAAAGGUCUGCUUCCAGAGGGAAAAUCUUCCCUUAUCUUUGGAGUGUUCUUUAUAUUUUUUGUUCAAUAUACAUAUAUAUGAACGCUCCUUGUUCAUUUUUACAUUUUAUUGGGCGAGGUUACCAGUUACGGUUCUUAAAAAGUUUGGUGUAAUGAAAUGAUAAUGUUAAAUAGACAAUCAGAAAACAGUUCAUUUUCAAAAGGACAUUUUCUCAUUCUUAAUGUUUGUAUAUAGCUUCUGUUCUUGUUCUGUUGGUUUUUAUUUUGUUUUUUAUGUUGUACUUAACUGGCAACCCGUUCUGGGAAUAAACUUCUGGAGAUAUUA